AGUAACUUAACCUUCUCUUCAAAUAACAUAUUGCAAGAAAUUAAAGUUUAUUUAAUAAAUAAAUUGUUUGAAACAUCGCAAAACAAAAAUGGAUUUAAAUUCAAUCUUGCAACAGGCUCAAAAAUUGACAAAUGAGCAGAGUUUAAAAGAAUUCAAUGUAGAAAGAACACUUCCUCAAGUUUUGCAAGCAACUAAAGAACUUCACAAUCGAGUUCGAACAACGCAAGACUUUCAAAAUAUACAAGCUCAUAUUUUACUUGGUUCAAAAGGAAUAGAUUUGCCAAAAAUUUCACGAAAAUUGGAAGCUUUAAGUACACAAAAAACUUUCGAGCCUUUAGAACCAAUCACAGAUACUGAUGUUGAGAGCUUUUUAAAAAAUGAACGAGAGAACGUAACUCUAUCAGUUAUUGAAGAAGCUCACAGAAAUUGCGUUAAAAAAACACAUUCUCAAAAAUGGAAUUGUAUUUUGACUGAAUGGAAACAUGAAAAAACAAAGCUUAUGAAUGCAUUAAUAGGACCUUCGCAAAAUUGGAUUGAUUUUCGCAAAGGCUCAGAACCUACUGCGCUCAAUGAGGUACGGCUUAAGCCAUGCUCGUCUUUAAAUAACCAAGAAAUGGCAUAUGCUCGUAUCGUACAGGACUAUAAUAAAUUUGUAUGUGAAGGUGUAAUGCGGCCGUCUUUAGUAAAUAUGUUUGCCAAGGCAGCAGAAACUUUUAAUGAUCCCAAAAUAAGCGAAUUAUGGGAUCUCAUUUUAUGUAUUACAGAUAUACCGCCAAUGCCCAAAACUCAAGAUCCUAUUAAAACAAGAUCAGAGCACCAAUACUUAAUAAUUCAAGCAAGAAAAUAUUUGGAAAACCGUUACAAAUUAUACAUGCAGACAGUCAGUUCACAAAAUCUUCGUGCAGCAAAUCGAGGAGGAGUUCCGAGCACUUACAAUCUUGUAAGUUCUUUUGUGAGUGUAAAAUUUAGUACAUCCAAUACGUCAACAAUUGGUUUACAAGAUGGACUCAUAGAUGGUAGGCCGACUUGGGCCAUGGUUUAUUAUUCUCUAAGAUGCGGUGACAUACAAUCUGCAUUGUAUUGCAUGAAACAAAUAGGCUCAGGAAACGAUGAUAUUAUUGCGAUUCUCGAAGAAAAUGUCAAAUAUCCCGUACAAAAAAACAAUGUAAAGCUUGAAAACCAAAUAAAAAUGAUCUACAAAAGACAAAUUCGUAAUUCGACAGAUGCUUACAAACGAAUCGUUUACUGCAUUUUGGGUCGUUGUGACAUUAAUGAAAAUCACUCGGAGGUUGCUAAAACUUCAGAUGACUUUUUAUGGAUUCAACUAUCAAUGAUACGUCGUCAAUCAACAACAGAAGAUACUGAUCCAGAAACUAUAACUUUUUCAAAUUUACAAACUAUGAUAUUGGAACAAUUUGGAGAAAAACACUUUAAUGCAGCAGAACAGCCACUUUUGUAUUUCAAAGUUCUAGUACUCACAGGUCAAUUUGAAGCUGCCAUUGAAUUUCUUUCAAGAUCAGCACAAUAUAAAACUCAUGCCAUACACAUUGCCUUAGCAUUGCAUGAAUUGCAUUUGCUAGGUGGACCACGAAGCAUUCAGGAACCACUUCUCUCAAUAGAUAUCGACGAUGUCACACCAAUGCGUCGUCUUAACAUCGCUAGAUUAAUUAUGAUGUAUGUCAAAAAAUUCGAGAUCUCUGAUCCUAAUGAGGCAGUGCAGUAUUUUUUUUUCCUUCGUAAAUUUAAAGAUUUAAAAAACAGAAAUCUGUUUUUAGUAUGUGUUUCAGAUUUAGCAAUUCAAUGCCGUGAAUAUGAACUUAUUUUUGGUAAAAUUCAAAUUAAUGGAAUGCGUUCCCGUGGCUUGAUUGAUCUCUUUGAAACAGUUGAAAUAGAUGCAAAAAAUUGUGCUAAUCUUGUGGCAGAAGAACUUGUACAAAAGGGAAUGUUUGAAGACGCAGUUACAUUAUAUGAUUUAGCGCAAAACAUUGAAAAAGCCGUCCUCUAUAUUUCUAUUCUUUUAUCACAGGUAGUUCACCAUGAAAAAAAAUCAGGCUCAUUAAAAACACGAGUCACUUUAAAAGCUGAUGAACUCAUAAUUCGCUAUUCUUCGGAAAAGCUAACAGUAGAUUCAAAACUUAUAAAAACAUUUGAUACGCUUCGUCAGUUGGGAAUCUUCUUUGAUCAAUAUUAUGAAAAAAACUAUGAAUCUGCUAUAGAAAUAUUAGAAGGUUUAAAUAUAAUUCCAUUAAACUCAUCACAAAUCGAAGGUAGCAUCUCUAACUUUAAAUCAAUGAGCGGUGAAGUUUCUCGUGUGUUUCCUGAAGUACUUUUAGCGGCUAUGGAUAUUCUUCAUAAAAAAUACCAGACUGUUAAAUCAAAAGAAAUAAAUCAUUUGCAGAAUCAAGGACAUGAAAGACAAUUAUUCUUUUUACGAGAACAAGCAAAAGCAAUCACCAAUAUGGCAGCAAUGAUACCAUUUAGAAUGCCUGGAGAUGUUAACAGCCGAUUAGUACAAACUGAAAUUUUAAUGAACUAAUAUUACGAAUUGAGAAAUAAUAAUAAAUACAAUAUGAUUUUAAUUC